CUGCUUUAGCCUGGCUGUAUAUUUCGGCUGAUGCUGUGUUGUUGUGUAGCUAUCAAAAACACCAAAUCAUGCCCGGUGAGACAGCCGUUAAACUAACGUCUUUACCGUCAACACAGGCACUUUAAAUAACCUUUGUUAACGUGUGUACAGGCUGGUAAGGUAGCUAACCGUGUGAGCGGGAGUUUGAACAGGGUUCCAGGGAGUGAUUUUGUGCUGAGCCGAGGCCUUGUCGCAAACCCAACCGCUCGCAAAGUCUCGUCCAACCGUCCGGGAUUUCAUGUUGAAGUCGUCAGGUUUUUGGGUCAAAUCUAGUGUUUUCCCGUCGGAAGAUGGACACUGAUAAAUUCAACUAUGUUUACAGCUGUGACUUGGACAUCAACGUUCAACUUAAGAUAGGCAGUUUAGAGGGGAAACGAGAGCAGAAGAGCUACAAAGCUCUGCUCGAAGACCCGAUGCUGCGGUUCUCUGGCCUCUACCAGGAGAACUGCUCGGACCUCUACGUCACCUGUCAGGUGUUUGCUGAAGGAAAACCCCUCGCCCUGCCUGUUCGCACAUCGUACAAAGCUUUCAGCACACGUUGGAACUGGAACGAGUGGCUGCGGCUGCCAGUCAAGUACCCAGACCUUCCCCAAAGUGCCCAGGUUGCUCUCACAGUGUGGGACAUCUAUGGGCCCGGCAGAGCCGUCCCCGUCGGGGGAACCACUGUCACCCUGUUUGGCAAAUACGGUAUGUUCCGGCAGGGGAUGCAUGACCUGAAGGUUUGGCCAGGCGUGGAGGGCGAUGGAGGAGAGCCCACCACCACACCAGGACGCACCAGCAGCAGCCUGACGGAGGACCAGAUGGGCAGGCUCGCCAAGCUGACAAAGGCCCAUCGACAGGGCCACAUGGUGAAGGUUGACUGGCUGGACCGUCUGACCUUCAGAGAGAUUGAGAUGAUCAAUGAGAGUGAGAAACGCAGCUCUAACUUCAUGUACCUCAUGGUGGAGUUCCCCCGUGUCAAAACAAAUGACAAGGAAUACAGUAUUGUCUACUAUGAAAAGGAUGGAGACGACGCAUCACCUGUUCUUACCAGCUGCGACAUCGUCAAAGUCCCUGACCCACAGAUGGGGAUGGAGAACCUGGUUGAGAGCAAGCAUCACAAACUGGCUCGUAGCCUCCGCAGCGGGCCCUCAGAUCAUGACCUGAAGCCCAACGCUGCCACACGUGACCAGCUUAAUAUCAUCGUGAGCUACCCUCCGACCAAGCUGCUGAGCUCUGAAGAGCAGGACCUGGUGUGGAAGUUCAGAUACUACCUCACCACUCAGGAGAAGGCCCUGACAAAGUUCCUCAAGUGUGUGAACUGGGAUCUGCCCCAGGAGGCCAAGCAGGCUCUGGAGCUUCUGGGGAAGUGGAGACCGAUGGAUGUGGAGGACUCCCUGGAGCUGCUGUCGUCCCAGUUCACCAACCCCACGGUUAGACGCUACGCUGUGGCGCGCCUGCAGCAGGCGGAUGAUGAGGACCUGCUGAUGUAUCUUCUCCAGCUGGUCCAGGCGCUCAAGUACGAGAACUUCAGUGAUAUUCAGGGAGGCCUGGAGCCAGGCAGCAAGAGAGACAGCCAGGGACUUUCAGAUGACUCCACACUGGACAGUUCACAGAUCCUGUCUGGCACAUCUGGACCUUCCUCUGCCACGCAGAAAGGAAAGGAAGGAGCCGACAGCGAGAACCUUGAGCAAGACUUGUGCACAUUUCUCAUCUCCCGUGCUUGUAAGAACUCCACACUCGCCAACUAUUUGUAUUGGUAUGUGAUUGUGGAGUGUGAGGAUCAGGACACCCAGCAGAGAGAUCCUAAAACCCACGAGAUGUACCUGAACGUCAUGAGGAGGUUCAGUCAGGCUUUACUCAAGGGUGAUAAGAGCGUGAGGGUGAUGCGGUCGCUGUUGGCUUCCCAGCAGACGUUUGUAGACAGACUGGUGCAGCUGAUGAAAGCUGUGCAGAGGGAGAGCGGAAACCGCAAGAAGAAGACGGAGCGGCUGCAGGCUCUGCUGGCUGACAACGAGAAGGUGAACCUCUCAGAGAUCGAGCCAAUUCCUCUUCCUCUGGAGCCUCAGAUCAGGAUCAGAGGCAUCGUCCCCGAGACGGCCACGCUCUUCAAGAGUGCUCUGAUGCCAGCCAAACUGAUCUUCAAGGCAGAGGAUGGAGCCAUGUACCCAGUUAUUUUCAAACAUGGAGACGACCUCAGACAGGAUCAGCUCAUCCUCCAGAUCAUCUCGCUCAUGGACAAACUGUUACGGAAAGAGAAUUUGGACCUUAAGUUGACACCCUACAAAGUAUUGGCCACCAGCACCAAACACGGUUUUAUGCAGUUUGUUCAGUCUGUCCCUGUUGCUGAAGUCCUGGCUACUGAAGGCAACAUCCAGAGCUUCUUCAGGAAGCAUGCACCAAGUGAAAAAGGACCCUACGGCAUCAGCUCAGAGGUCAUGGACACGUACGUCAAGAGCUGCGCUGGUUACUGUGUCAUCACGUACAUCCUCGGAGUAGGAGACAGACACUUGGACAAUCUGCUACUGACAAAGACCGGGAAGCUCUUCCACAUCGACUUUGGCUACAUCCUGGGUCGAGACCCCAAACCUCUGCCUCCGCCCAUGAAGCUGAGCAAAGAGAUGGUGGAGGGGAUGGGAGGCAUGCAGAGCGAGCAGUACCAGGAGUUCAGGAAGCAGUGCUACACUGCCUUCCUGCACCUCAGGAGGUAAAGACACUGGACUCACAAA